AUGCCUCCACCUCCUGCUGCCACCUUGACAACUACAGUGACUGCACCUGACCCUAUGGGAGAUUCCGCCGUGGGUGUUUUCAAACAGGGCGUUACUCAAGCUUCAGCUAAAAUCUCCUUAAAAUCGUUCCCAAAACCCCCAGAGUUCGAAGAUAAGCUCAAAGAGCGGGAUUAUCUUAAGGGAAGACUCGCUGCCGCAUUCCGCAUUUUCGGUAAAAACGGCUAUGACGAAGGGGUGGCAGGCCAUAUUACUAUCAGAGAUCCCGUCGAUCCAACUACCUUCUGGGUUAACCCCUUCGGGGUGGCAUUUUCAAUGAUCAAAGCAUCCGACUUGAUACAAGUUGACCACGACGGAAAUGUAAUCGACGGGGGGGAAGUCCGCCUGCUGAACACAGCGGCGUACGCAAUUCAUUCUGCUAUCCACGCGGCUCGGCCAGAUGUCAUAUGUGCUGCCCAUAGUCAUAGUCUUUACGGGCGCGCUUUUUGCACACUUGGGAGGCCGUUAGAUAUCAUUACGCAAGAUUCUUGUGCAUUUUAUCAAGAUCACGUUGUUUACGAGCAAUUCAACGGAAUUGUCUUAGCAGCAGAAGAAGGAAAGAAUAUUGCCAAGGCUUUGGGAAACAAGAAGGCCGCUCUUCUACAAAACCACGGUUUGUUGACAGUUGGCAAAACGAUCGAAGAGGCUGUAUUCUGGUUCGUCAGUCUUGAGAAAUGUUGUCACGCUCAGUUGUUGGCCGAUGCAGCAGCUGCCGGCCGAGGCGGCACAACCAUUAAAAUCCCAGAUGAAGAAGCAGCUUAUUCCUAUAAAUCGGUUGGAACGCCCUUUGCUGGGUACUUUAGCGCCAAACCGAUGUUCGACUUAAUUCAUAAGGAAACGGAUGGAGAUUACUUGCAGUAA